AUGUCCAACAACAACAACAACAGUACUUCUGGUUUGAUAUCUUGCGACAAACUCGACAGAGUUGCCAGCUGGGUCGGCACUAACGUGGCUUCUGCUUUCUUUGCUUCCUUAGAACGCUGUUCCUGCAUCAACCUUAGCACCACCGACACUGAAGACGACAACAUCAAUGAUGAUGAUCGUCCUCUCAUGCUUACCAAACCUGUUUCUCAUCUACCCUUUGAGGGCCCCACCACAACUCUUCCGUCAAAAUCUAAACUUCCUUCUUGA